AUGAUGACCAAAAAUCAGUCACUCGUUCUAGUCAUCUUUUCUGUAUUGUUUCUCCUGUCUCUUUCGAGUGAGAUGGAGUUGAUGACGAGAGAAGAUAGUGAUUAUAUUCCCUUAUCUUUAGGUUAUUGGUACUCUGUGAAUUCUACCUCCACUUGGUUUGAGUACAAAUUAUCAUCUCCAUCCAAAACCAAAUUGACCUUUGUGUUCAUUGAAGGGAAAGGAGCAUUUCCUGAUUUUAAGAUGAAAACAACUUCAAUGAAUGCAACUCUCUAUGAGCAAUUUCCUUAUCCUAAAAGCUCCAAACAUUUGACCAUUCUUAGUCUCUUCAAUGUAACUUUUGAUUGGCAGAGUAGUGUUCAGAAUUCCAUAGUGUUUACCAAUAUAUUUGUUUUUCGGUUUGGUAUUGUAAACAGUUAUGCAAAUACUAUCCGUAGUUAUAUUUUCAACGGCUCACACUUUGUGGAUCUCCCAAACGAAAUCAUUAACUCAGGUGCUUCAGGUUUUCAAUGGGACGGCUUGUCGCUGGAAAAUCAAAGCAUCAUCUUUGGUGUGUUUGCGUAUUUAUUCACACCUCAAUUCAACUCAAUAAUUCCAGUUACUGGGCCAAGUAUCUUUGAAUUCAAUAUCCCCAACAACAACAAAUCAUCAUCUCUGUCACAGUCUAUUGGUCUUUCAUUUCCUUAUCAAAGCUGUGGAUAUAAACAUUCACCUUAUUUUAGUCUUAAUGAUUACACUCCAUCAUCCAAAAAUGAAAUGCCUUAUGGUUAUAUUGCCUAA